AUGUCUACUCGACAAAUUCCUGCCUCUCACCUAGCCCAGGAUGGCCCUUCGACUGAGAGCAUUCUGGCGAUGCUCCGAACCCCUAGGGAUGAGGUCUACACCCUCAGCCAGGAUGGAGCCACCUACAUUCGCCCCCAGUGCCUGAGUGACACCCCCGUCGCCAAGCUGACCGAGAACAGCCCCUAUUGGAGAAGCACCUGGAACUCUCUGGACGAGUACCUGGCCCAGGAAGAGGAGGAGGAGCGCCUCAAGAAGGAGACUAGCGCGCGUCUCAAGCUGGAUCCUUCCAACAAGUCCGUUGCCGCUGCUCACAAGCUUCACCAGGACAACGUCAGCAAGCACCGCCGCAUUCGUGACAUCUUUGGUCCCAACACCAGAUAUCACCCCAACCAGCUCGUGGCCAAGCACCACCUCCCCGACGAUGGCCUCUGCCAGAAGGAGAUCAUGUACCGCCUGGCCUGCAAGAUCUCGGACCUCCGCGUCCUCCAUGAGAAGAACGAGCUGGCCAUGGACCCAUGGGACUUUAUGCGCUGGAGAAUCUCCAAGAAGAUUCUGUCCUUAAUCACCUUCCCCGGCAGUUCUGCGCGAGACAACAUUCGAACCAUCGUGUACAAGAUUUGUGAGGACUGCGGAUCCAGCCCCAACAUGAAGCAGUACGAGGACGUCCUCCUGCGCGCCGCCAUCCUCCGAUCUGCGGGAUACCAGAACAGAAUCGCGAGUUUCACCACCAAGGGCGAGAAGGCCAAGGGGAGCAGCUCUGGAAGUGCCCAGCCUCGCUCCCGUGUUGCUUCUGGAGGCCGGCCUCGAACCGGAAGCUUCUCCAACGCUGCAUCUAACACGUCCUCGCGACCUGCUCUGCCUCCUCCUCGAGUUGACAAGCACCGCCCUCAACCUAGCACGUACAUGGGCAUCAACGCCUGGAGAGAGCAGAAGAGACGCCGAGAGGCCGAGAAGAACAAGGAGUCCAACCAGGACUCCAACAAGGAGCCUCAGAAGUAG